AUGCAGACAAAUGGAAACCACUCGAUCGAAUUCAAUGAUGCUGUAAUAAAAGAAUCUAAAUCAGUAAAAUAUCUGGGUAUGAUAUUAGAUAAUACUCUUUCCUGGAAUGAACAUGCCGAAUAUAUUAUAGCCAAAUCCACGAAACAACUUAAUAUUCUCAAAUUCCUACGUGGUACAUGGUGGGGAGGUCACCCUAAAGUAUUGAAGCAGAGUUAUCUUUCACUAAUUAGAAGCUCUCUAGAAUAUGGACUAUUUUUAACUCACAUAAAGAACUCAAAUCUAAGAAGUAAAAUUCAAAAAAUCAAAAAUCAAGCAAUUCGAUUGGCUUUAGGCUACCGAAGAUCCACACCCAUCAAUGUUAUGCACUCAGAAUCGAAAAUACCACACUUCAAUGACCGUAUACGAUACCUUUCAGACAACUUUAUUCUGAAACUAAUAGCUCAUGAUACACCGCUAAAACAAAAAAUAGAAAAUCUUAGUAUUACAAUAGCUAACAAUGACAGACUUAAUAUUAAAAAUAAUUUUCCUAUAAUCAGAUCAUAUAAUGAAAUAAAAUCUUUAGUCCAAAACAAAAUUCAAAGACAUCUUCAUCCAAUUCCCUAUGAUUACACAUAUGAAGCAAUAGUGGAACAACCAGAUAUUAACGUAACUUCUGGACUACACAUAAAAAAAUCAGCUAACCCACCCCAAGAAUUUGAGAAAAUAUUCAACGAUACCAUAAUCACUCAGUACACAAUCUUCACUGAUGCAUCGAAAAUGAAAAAUCAAGAAUACACAGGACUGGCAAUGUUUAUCCCAUCAAAUAAUCAAGCCUACCAGUUCAAAAUACAUACAGAAGCAUCAAUCUUUACAGCUGAAGGUUUAGCAAUUUUUCUGUCGUUAAACAACAUCAUAAACUCCAAUUUCAAAAGAGCUUACAUCUUUACUGAUUCACUGAGUAUCUUGAGUGCACUGAAAGAUUAUACGCCAAAUAAAUCUAGGAACACUUCUCAUAUAAUACUUGACAUUAAAACCUUGCUAAACAAAUGUUCACAAGAAAAUAUAAAAGUCACUUUAAUUUGGAUUCCAGCACAUGUCAACAUAAAGUAUAAUGAAACAGUAGAUUCACUCGCAAAAAAUGCUAUAAAAGAUGGAACUAACACUAUCUACCUUCUACCUUUCUCAGACUUUGGUGAUAAGAUUAAACAAAAACUCAUCUUAAACACUCAACAGCUCAUAACAGAUCAAGGAACCUAUAAAGGCACACACUAUUUCGAUCACUAUUACAAAGACAACGAAGCAAAACCAUGGUUCACAAAGAUAAACCUACCAAGAGAACAUAUAACCACCAUCAACCGUAUAAGAUCAAAUCAUUACAAUCUGUCGGCAAGUCUAUUUAGGAAAAACAUAAUUCAAUCUCCAACAUGUGAAUGUGGCUAUGAAUCUGAAAACAUUGACCAUAUACUAUGGGAUUGUCCCAGAUUUUCAAAUCAAAGAUACUCACUUAUUAUCAACAAACUCAACCACUACCACUCAAAAAAAAAGAAGAAUACACCAAAAGAUACAACAUCACUGCUAAAAAAUCCAAAUGAAAAACCAGCAAGAAUAAUUACUGAAUACUUGAAACGCUGCAAUCUACAAAUUUGA